AUGGGUCCUCCCUCAUCAGUUGCUGCAUGCACUGAAUUUUUUAAACAACAAAGACAAGAGAUUAUUUUGAAUGGUCAUCUGCCUAAUUGUAUUGGACCACCAAUUUUCUUAUAUCAUGAGGUUUUUUCAAAAUUUUCUUCUGAUUUCAAUAAUGAAAGUCUUGAUUUAUCAGAUGGACUUUGUGCAUGGUCAAGUAAAUUAAUUAAGGAUAUGGCUAAUGAACACAUCAAUGAAGAUUCAUGUAAGAAUGCAUUUAUCAAUCAUAUUACUGAAUUUAUUGGUAAGCUUAUUGAGGUAAAAAUUGAGGAUGGAAGUAGCAAUGAUGGGAUGUUAUUGGUAGAAACUGCUUGUGGUGAAAAUGGAUUACAAAUUAUUCAUGAAAUUAAAAAUGAAAUUGGUGAAGGAGGAAGAUCCAACAAUUCAAGCAACUCUUUCAUAUUCAAAGUAUUGGGCCCAAGAACAGAUAAUGAUGUAACAGUACAAUUUACUUAUGAGGAUUGGUUGACAGAAGACAAAUCAAAGCUUUUAUUCAAGGGAAAAACUUAUGAUGGAUGUGAAAUUGUUAUCAAAUUUACUCAGAGAUAUAAUACUGCAAACAUUACAAAAGAGGAAUAUAAUGAUGUUUUAAAAAAUAUUCAAGAGGCCAUUGACACUUUGCACACUAAUGAUAUUGUUUUUGGUGACUUAUGUAGUUCAAACACAAUGAUAGAAAAGGUUCAUGGAAAGUUACAAGUAAUGCUUAUAGACUUUGGCUGGGCUGGAAUACAUCAAAAAGAUCGUUAUACACCUAUAAUGAAUCCAGAAAUUAAAUGGGCAAGUGGGGCUGAAGGAAAUACUUUAAUGCACAAAGAUCAUGAUUUAUACUGGCUAGAGAUAUUGAAAAAAAAAUAUGAAUAUUAA